AUGGAUGAUGGGCAUGGAAUUAUAAAUUAUGCCCGACCACCGAACCUGCCGUAUUUGGACUCUGGGCUCGCUCGGGAAUGCAUAAAUAUGGCUUUGGGGAUAUUGAAAGCUUGUCGCAGGCUUGUCGAAGGCUUGUCGCGGGCUUAUGCAUUGGUAUGUAAGGAUGCGCUCCGUCUAAUUGUAUAG